AUGAAAGAUGAGUUGGGAGCUCGAAUGUUCUCCGACAGAAUGGAAGCCUUGCUUCCAUCCGUAGAAGUGCAUCGAAGUGAUUGCAGCGUAGCUUGGUUUAGCCAUGUGAAUAUUGAGAGAUUGAGAUUGAUCAAUGAAUGCUCCACGAUCAGCAGCCAUCUCAAUGAUUUCCUUUUGAGAGAUUUCCCACACAGUGAGAUAGAGCUCCUUAAUGUCAGCUGGGAUUUCUGGGAUGUUCUGAAUGGAUCCGUUGUUGGCUAUGAGGCGGUUCUUCAUUUCAUCAGUCCACAAUCCUCUCUCAACCAAAUCCUUGAGCAUAUGUGGAUUGACUAUCUGGAAGUCUCCAGAAAGAACACGACGAGAAUAGAUACCAAUAGGACGAUGGCGCAUGUUCGAGUUACGAGCUUCUUCAACUGGGUAGUAGUUGACAUCGAUGAUCUUGUUGAGAUUCUUCGUUAUGACUUUGGUGACUUCGGCAAGCUUCUUGAAAUCGAACUUCUUCUCUGGAGUGACAGGUUGGAGCACUUGAUGGUUCCGAGAUUUUGCUGGUUGGACUUGCGAUUGGCAGCAUCUUUCUUAGAAAUCGCACUUCGGAAGCACACGUCUAUCACAUGUAGGGAACAUAACUCACUUGGCGUAAAGAGCUUCGAACUCCUCUCCCCAGCAGUCAUCAAGUCCUGGGCAUUCGCAUGGGCACAUCAGAGACCAAUUCUGAUCCUUCUCGACACGCUUCAUGAAGAGAUCCGGAAUCCAGAGAGCGAGGAACAAGUCACGAGCACGCUCCUCUUCUGGUCCAGUGUUCUUGCGGAGUGA